AUGGGAGAAACUGAUCUCAGAAAUUAUGAGUUAUCCCAACUGCAAGCAGAAGUCGAGCAGGAGAGAGAGGUCAAGGAGAUGUUAAAGGACUCUGUGUCUGACCUGAGGAGCACACUGGCUGAUUUGGAGAAGAGACUUCACAGUGUUGACGGAGAAGAGAACGAGUGGAGAACCAGAUAUGAGACACAGCUGGAACUGAACGAGCAGCUGGAGAAACAAAUCAGUGUCGUUCAAGAGAGACUCGAGGCCCUCCACGGUGACCCCUCAGAUCGACUGGCUUCUAUUCGCUCAUAUGAUCAAAUGUCAGAGGAUGCUCUCAGACAGAGGCUGAAAUUGCUGUCUACUGAGAAGUGCGGCCUUCAAUCCCAACUGAAGGCCUUCCAAAUAAGAAUUGUGCAGGAAGGAAAGACUUACCAGAAAGUCUACGAAGAGAGGCGGGCGUAUCUUGCAGAGAUCGCAAAGCUGUCUUCAAUGCUGGAUAUGAGCAGAAAGCAGCAGAUGGUUCAAGCCCAGAGGAAAGCGCUGGGUUCAGACAAAACAGGCCAGGAGAGUAUGAGGCAACAUUCAAGUAUGAUGAAGGGGUCUGUCAAAAAAGCACCAGCAAGGAGUCGACUCCCUCGAUUAAAACAUUAAUGCAGUUCAGGGAUCUUCAACAGGGCGGCCAUCAAUUAUUGGUUGAUUAUUUUUGUCAA